CGAAUCCAAUAAAACAAGCUUGCAUAGAUUUUUUUAUAAUUAUUAUUUUUUUAUGUAAUUCAACAACAAUGAAAAUCUAAAUAAAAUGAUAAUAAGAAUAAUAAUAAGUUGUUAAUUUUGCGAACGGCAAGAUGGAGGACGUGUUGGACGAGAUCGUUUCUUCGGAAGAUUUAAAAAAAUUCGAAAUUAUCUAUAAUGAGCAGUUGCUCAGUGGAACGGUCGACCAAAAAGUACAAUUUCAAUAUGCCUGGUGUUUGGUUCGAAGCAAGUAUCCUGCCGACAUAAGGAAAGGUAUUAUGCUAUUGGAAGAUUUGUAUGGUAGAAAUGGUGAUAGCGAGAAAAGGGACUGCUUGUACUACCUUGCAAUCGGCAAUGCAAGAAUAAAGGAAUACUCCAAAGCACUUCACUAUGUUCGAGCUUUUCUUCAAAUUGAACCAGGGAACACACAAGUACAACGUCUAGAAGUAUUGAUUAAGAAAAAGAUGGAUAGAGAGGGUCUGAAAGGUAUGGCUAUAGCAGGAGGAGUAAUUGUUGGUAUUGCAAGUGUUUUGGGCUUGGGCAUCGCUAUGGCAAAAAAAGACAGGAGAUCCUAGCCUUCCAGAAGGCGAAAGCCCAUAUUCUUGUAUUGUGUCAAUCACUGAAGCCUUUGUGUAGUUCAGAGGCUGGAUCCUCGCUUUGAAUUGUGCCCGAUUUUUUUAUGUCGUGCGUCAUCAUCGACAUUCCGUAAUGUGUUAAACUGCAAAUUAAAUGCAGAAUUCAUCUUGUCUUAUCUUGUCUAAUUUUUGUCUAGUAUACAGCUGUGUAUCAAAUUAUUUAUUGAUUACAAUUAAGUAUUUUCAUAAAUGGAAUAUUUAAAUUAUUUGGUGUAGUUCUAAAGUAUGUACAUAAAGGAAAAGUCGCUUUUAACUUGUUUUGGUUUUUAAAGAUGCUACAUGGAACUGAAAAGCAUGAGGUCUAUAUCAUAAUGUUACUAUUUAAAAAAACCUAAGUGUAAGAAAAAACUAUGAAGCGAUUACUUUUACAAGUGUUAAAUGUUAUUAUUUAAAAUAAAUUAAUUGUUCUAUCAAAUUUGAAA